AUGAAAGAAAUAAUGCUCAAGGUUAAGAGUUCGAGCAUAAGGGCUCUAUGGAAGAUGGAAAAGUCUGGUAGUACCGAUCGCGAGGAUGUAAAUACUGCCAUUCCAAAAAAUCAGUUCAGAUCUAAAUUUACAUGGGGCUGUUAUGAAGCUUCUAAAUCCUAUUUAUCCAUUGCAUUGCUCCUCCUGGUCGGAGUGUUAUUGCUCGCCGUGUACUGGAUCGACUCUUCAGUCCACUUCAGAUGGUUUGUUACUGUCAUGAUAGUCCUCAUUUUAUGUGGCCCCCUGACGCUCGUAUUUGGGAUGAUCAAAAGAGACAAAUCAGUUGAGAGUUUGGUAUCGAAGAAUGCGAUAUUAAUGGCAGAAGUUGUUAGUGAGAUCCUGAGCUCAAACCAUUCAAGUUCAGCAUUGGAAUGGGACAAUGUCGCAGCUAGACUCAACAGAGAUUUUCUGGUUACUGGCGAAUGGAGGACACCAUACUGCUUCUUCGAUGGAGUGCUCUGCGAAAGCUUAUUUCGGCGUUAUGUUUUGAAGCCAGAAUUCAAGGAUAAGAUCGAGGAUAAUAUCGAAGAUGAAAAGAGCGUUCUGCGUGAUACUGUAAACAGGUACCAGCAAAGAAUUAUUGAUCAAUUCGAGCAGGCCAAAAAACAACCACUUUCGUUAGCCGAUGCGACUCUACCACGAGAUUUCUACUGGAACAGACCUAUAUGGAGGCUUGUCAUGACAUUUACGAAAAACAAGUAUUUGGGUACGUUACUAGUCUUGUGGAUACUACUUCUUCUGAGUAGUGGAAAAAAGAUGCGUCUAGUGAAUUUGUUGUGUAACGUUAUUCCGUGGCUGUUUGACGAACCUCCAAACCUUUCGAAACCCUCAGAAAGCACGACUAAUAAUCGAAUCAGAUUUCUUGCAACUAUAGUGAAUGUUGCGCCUGGGGAAGACGUCGAUCGCUGGGACGAGAUUGCGAGGCUUAUGAAUGCUUACUUCAAGCGGACUCGUAGUCAUGGAUCAUUUUUCGAUGGUAAAGAUUGCAUGAGGUAUUUCAAUACAUUCCUCAAGCCGCUUAUGAACAAGAUCACACAAGAUGAUAUUGCGACUUACGAGCUGGUUCCACUUGUUUCUGAUUGCCUCCUCCCAAACUCCUCAACGUAA